AUGCUAUCCCGCCACUUCGGCUUAUUUUCCUUUCCUUUCCUUCUCUCUCACCGCCGUUUUCUCUCUGUGCCCGCCGAUAAUCGGCUCCGGGAGCCACAGCGCCGCCUGCCGGGCCUCUCGCCGGUGCAGUGUGCACCCGAGGGUGAGCGCGCCGCCGUCGAGCGCCCCUGCGGUGGCGCCUCUUUCUUUCCCGCGCGGCGGCGGCGGCGACUAGGCGGUGGCGGCGCGCUGCUCGCGCGCCCGAGAGCCGGCCUGCGGACUGGCUGCGGGCUGGAGGCUAGGGGGCGGCGGCCUGGCAGCGGCGGCGGGCGAGCGGCUUGCCUGCGCGCCCGAGAAGGCCUGGCGGCGGCGGCGGCGGAGCGCGGCGUGGCGCUGAGCGCCGGCGGCCGGGUGGCACCCGCCCUUUCCUGGGCCGCUAGCAAGGGCGGCGCGCAGAUGCCAAAAAGUGAAAGUGACAAUUCUAGUGAUGAUGGUGACCAGUUCUUUAACAUAAUCACCAAAGGUGCUAAACUUGCUGAGAUCUAUUGUGAUUUGUACUUGCAUAAGGCUCCACCAAGAGUAUCAAUUCAAACUGGAAUUGGAUGGAUACAAUAAACCAUGAAUACACUCGGAGAGUGCCACAAGAUGCUUCGGAUGAACAAAAAAAUAUUCCUUGAUCUUCAUGAUGUGUUGGUUGAGAGGUGCGGGCUACAACCAUCCAAAUAUAUGAAUACCUAUGAGAUGCUUGCAAUAUUCCUCUUUAUUUGUUCCGGUUGUGAGUCCAAUAGGAAGGGGUAAAAUAGGUUCAAACACUCAGCUGAAACUAUUAGUAGAGAAUUCCAUGAAGUGCUAGAGUGUGUGGUUGCAAUGGUUGAACACUACUUGAGACCAACCAAUCCUAAUUUUUUCACUGUCCACGAGAGGAUUCGGAUUGAUAAAAGAGCAUAUCCACACAUCAAGGACUGCAUUGGUGCACUAGAUGGCACUCAUAUUCAUGUCUCUCUUUCACGUGAUGAACAAGUGAGGUAUAUUGGAAAGACAGGCAUUCCUACUCAAAAUGUGUUUGCUGUUUGUGAUUUUGAUAUGCAUUUCACCUAUGUGGCUGCUGGUCAACCGGGGUCUUACCAUGACACAAGUGUACUGUACCAUGCAUUUCAAGUACAUGAAGAGCACUUUCCACAUCCUCCACAAGGGAAGUACUAUGUUGUAGAUGCGGGCUAUCCUAACCGCCCGGGAUACUUGGCUCCAUACAAAGGUGAAAGAUAUAAUUUGCCCGAGUGGUAUAGAGGUAUGGAACCUAAUAGUCAAAAAGAGAAGUUCACUCGGGUGCAUUCAUCUAUUCGUAAUAUUAUUGAGCAGUCAUUUAGACUAUGGAAGAUGAAAUGGCAAAUCUUGUAUAAGAUGCCUAAAUAUUCAAUGCUCACACAAAAAAAGAUUGUUGUUGGCACUAUGGUCCUCCACAAUUUCAUUCGUGAGCACUCAAGUGGUGAUGUGGAUUUUGCUAACUUUGAUCGAGAUCCUGACUUUGUGCCUACAAUCCCGAAUAGGUACAAAAAGUAUGCAAUGUGACCACAUGCCUCUGAUGAUUCAACAACCGAAGCAAGCUUUCUUAUCAUGGAUGCAUUUCGUGAUACAAGGUCAACAUCUCUUUCUCUAGCUUGGAAUUAGAAUCUAUGUUAGUUUAGAAGGUUAGAUGAAGACAAUGGCCUUGUAAUAUUUUAGUAAUUUUGAUGAAUACAAUGACUCAUUUCAGUAACUUGGGCGAAUAUUUUAAUUUCCUUUGAUGAAUUACAGCAAAAAAUAAUUACAUACGCUUCA